GCCGUCACCGAUGGGUUCAGUACACCACCGAGAUGAACGGCAAGAACACUUUCUGGGACGUGGACGGAAGCAUGGUGCCGCCUGAGUGGCAUCGCUGGCUUCACAGUAUGACUGACGACCCUCCAACCACCAAACCUCCAACGGAUCGUAAGUUCAUUUGGAAGAAGCAUCAGUUCAACGUGAGUGGCACUCCUCAACAGUACGUUCCGUACUCCACCGCUAGAAAGAAGAUUCAGGAGUGGGUCCCCCCUUCCACGCCGUACAAGUAAAGACCACGAGAACCAGUCGCAACGUGUGAAAUCCGGGCUUCUCUCAGAAUUGUACUUUUACUGUCUCCUGUGAACGUGAUUAAAAUUUGUCUGACCAAGCA